AUGGAAAAAACAACAGCAGAGGAAAAAUUCAAAGAUGCUCGGGCGAAAAAAGCUCACCACGCUCCAAUAAUCGACCUUGAAGUGCUCUCACAUAAUCCCGAGGAAGUAGAAAAACUGUACCUAGCGCUGGUGAACACAGGAUUUAUGUACAUUUCGAGUCACGGAGUCGACAAAACACUUAUUCAAGAGAUAAAGCAGGUCACUUACGAUUUCUACCAUCUUUCGCCGUCGAAAAGAAAAGAGCUUCAAGAAUACGAAGGAAAACUAGUUCACAGCGACACAGCUUUUGACUUGCCCCCUUUCGUUGGAAUUGUGGAAAAGGAUGCUUCCAUUGACGUUGAAUACGUUGAUUCGUUGUUUCACAAGUAUAUCUGUGAAAUUUCCAAGCUUGCGUUUCGACUAUUCUGCUUCUUUGAAACUGCUCUUGGUCUUGAAAAAGGACGGCUGUCAAAUAGACUCGAGCCGCAGGGAUCCCAAAACGUAGUCUGCUACGAGCAAACUCCACCAUAA